UGCUUCUGUAACCCCCAAACCCAAAGUCAAGUCUGAAGAAAUCAGCGGCUUCUUGUCUUCUUUUCCUCAACCGCAACAGAUCUAUCGCCUCCGCACGCCCGAAAUCCGCAGCGCCUCCUCGCCGCCGCCACGAUGUCUCGCCGCUACGACAGCCGCACCACGAUCUUCUCCCCGGAGGGCCGGCUGUACCAGGUGGAGUACGCGAUGGAGGCCAUCGGCAACGCCGGGUCGGCGCUCGGCAUCCUGGCGUCCGACGGCGUGGUCCUCGUCGGCGAGAAGAAGGUCACCUCCAAGCUCCUCCAGGCCUCCCGCUCCGCCGAGAAGAUGUACAAGGUCGACUCCCACCUCGCCUGCGCCGUGGCCGGCAUCAUGUCCGACGCCAACAUCCUCAUCAACACCGCCCGCCUCCACGCCCAGCGCUACGCGCUCUCCUACCAGGAGCCCAUCCCCGUCGAGCAGCUCGUCCAGUCCCUCUGCGACACCAAGCAGGGAUACACCCAGUUCGGCGGCCUCCGCCCCUUCGGGGUCUCCUUCCUCUUCGCCGGCUGGGACAGGACCCACGGCUUCCAGCUCUACAUGAGCGACCCCUCGGGGAAUUACGGCGGAUGGAAGGCCGCCGCCGUCGGGGCCAACAGCCAGGCCGCUCAGUCCAUGCUCAAGCAGGACUACCGCGACGGCAUGACCCGCGAGGAGGCCGUCGCCCUCGCUCUCAAGGUCCUCAGCAAGACCAUGGAUUCCACUAGUUUGACAGCUGAGAAGUUGGAGCUGGCCGAGGUUUUCCUGCAGCCGGGCACCGGGGAGGUGCAGUACCAGCUGUGCUCCCCGGAUGCCAUGGGGAAGCUGCUCGCCAAAGCCGGGCUCACACAACCGGCGCCGGAGGCAUGAUCGACAGAGCUGGUUUGCUAUUGUUCUCCCCCGAAACGGGUUGAUAUUAUCCAUGUUAUGGUGAACAAUUGAUCAAUCAGGAUAAAGUUUAUUAGGGGUAAGAUUUGUCAUCAACCAUGGUCCAAUUUGUCAUUUGUGUUUUCCAUCCAGUGUUAACUCGCUUUGAUAUAUCCGGUUCACAAUGUAGCUUGCCCUGUAUGGAAUACGGUCGGAAGAACAAACAAAGUUGUGGUAUUUGAGAUCGAGAUAGCUUUUGUGGGCACUCUUAUGAUUUCGUGAAAUUGCUAGCAGUUGUCAAACUGAAACAAUUAUCCAAAUCAACUGCUGUUGAUAUAUCCAGGUUAACUAUCUAGCUUGCCCUAGAACAUGAUGUUUAUGUAUGAAGUCUGAUCUACCCAAAGAAUUUAUCUGUCUGAAUUGUGAUCCCCAAUUAUAAUUCGAUGAUCAAGGUGUCUUUCUGUUAA